UUGUUUAUUCUGAGUCGCGCAUGCCCAGAGCCAGGAGACUCGUUCUCCCUGUGAGACCCACAGCGGCACGAGAGCGCCCCCACUGGCAAGAAGACAAAUGCACAUGACAAAUACGUCUAUGAACAAUAAUAAUAAUAAUAAUUAAAAAAAAGAAAACAAGACAAGACCAAUUCUGUUUGAAAAAAUAGGGAUGUAUUUUUUUUUUACUGUUUCUCAACACAAUAUAUGUUUAUCUGCUCAGAUGGAUCAUUUUCUUUUUCCCAAAUACACGGAAGAUGGAGUUCUGAGAAUAUGAUGAUGAUUCUAAUUCAGAUUCAAACUUUCUUCUUCACAGGAACAAACAUCGCAAACAACAAAGACCUGAGGAUUGUGAUGGUGGGGAAGACUGGGAUUGGGAAGAGCGCUACUGGAAACACCAUUCUGGGUCGACCGUGCUUUGAAUCUAAAUGCAGCGCAACUUCCAUGACUGUUGACUGCUCCAAAUGCUCCAGUACUGUGGAUGGACAACCGGUUGCUGUCAUUGAUACUCCAGGUCUGUUUGACACCAGGUUUGGAGAAGAUAAAACCAGAAAAGACCUGGGUCAGUGCAUCUGUUACGCUGCUCCUGGACCCCACAUCUUCCUGGUGGUCAUUGCAAUCGGCAGAUUCACAGCAGAAGAAAAACAAUCAGUGCAAAUGAUUCAAGAAAUCUUUGGAGAGGCAGCAGAGAGAUACAGCAUGGUUCUGUUUACCCGUGGAGACGACCUCGAAGGCACCACCAUUGAGGAUUAUUUGUCUGGAUCCCCAGACCUCCAGUAUCUGGUGUCCAAGUGUAACAACCAGUAUCAUGUCUUCAACAAUAGGCUGAAAGAUAAGAAACCUCAGGUCACUGAGCUGCUGGAGAAGAUCAGAAUGAUUGUUGACAGGAAUGGAGGAAGUCACUACACCAAUGAGAUGUUCCAAGAGGCUGAGAGGGCGAUCGAAGAGAAGAAACAACGCAUCCUGAAGGAGAAAGAAAAGGAAAUACGUAAAGAGAAAGAAGAACUGGAGAGAAAAAUACAAGAGAAAUAUGAGAAAAAGAUUCAGGAAAUGAAGGAAGAAUUCAAGGGUCAACGGGAGGAGAUUGAAGCCAUGAGAAAUCGACUAAAGGAAGAGCAGGAGAGAGAAAUUCAAAAGGAAAAAUCUAACCUGCAGGCCGUGUAUGAAUCCAGAGCCAGAGAUGAAGCUGAACUCUUUAAUCCUCUCUAUCAUCUGUCAAAAGCAGGGGAACAUGUUGCCCGGGCAUGUCAAAUAAUGUGAGGUUACAUGUUGUCACUUAGCAGCUGCUACACAUGAUAAAGCAGAACUACUUAGCAUUUCUUUCUUUAUUGUCUCGAUAAUUGAGUUAAAGCUCCAGGUAGUGAUGUAAUUCAGCUGUGACCUCUGUAUCUCACACAAUAUUUCUCCUGAUGUUUAGAUGCUUGAUGUAAGAUGCUAAAAUUGUUUGCAUGUGAAUUUUAGCCAUUACCUUUGUCAAUAAACACGGUUUCAUUAGAGGAAAAUACUCCAAAUGUCUUCAUUAUUAUUUAAUAUUAUCUGUUGAAUC